UUAUUAAUAUGUAUAUAUAUCACCCAACCAACUCCAUUGUUUCACAACAUCAUACAAUAUUUCUCUUCCUCUGUAUUCUUCCAACUCCUUCCAAUUUUAUUACAAAAGAUUUGUCUCAUUCUUCGAUCAAUAUAUUAAAUUAAAAAUGGCUGAAGUUUUGCUACCAAGGAAGAUGGAGAUGUCCAAAGAUCCUUCAAAGUUUGGAUCACCGGAUCUUCUUCAUGUUCUUGCCGUCGACGAUAGUCACGUUGAUCGGAAAUUCAUCGAGCGUUUGCUUAGAGUCUCCUCUUGCAAAGUAACUGUUGUCGAUAGUGCGACAAGAGCUCUCCAAUACCUUGGAUUGGAUGUUGAGGAAAAAUCCGUGGGAUUUGAGGAUUUGAAGGUUAACUUAAUAAUGACGGAUUACUCGAUGCCCGGUAUGACUGGAUAUGAACUCUUGAAGAAGAUCAAAGAAUCCUCAGCUUUUAGAGAAGUACCGGUGGUGAUCAUGUCCUCCGAGAACAUUUUGCCUCGUAUUGAUAGAUGUCUUGAAGAAGGGGCUGAGGAUUUCUUACUGAAGCCUGUAAAACUCUCUGAUGUAAAAAGAUUAAGAGAUUCUCUAAUGAAAGUUGAAGAUUUAUCUUUCACAAAGAGUACUCAGAAGAGAGAGCUAGAAACCGAGAAUGUCUACUCUUUCGAUUCACCUGUUCAAUCACAGCUCAAACGCACAAAGAUCUGAGCUUUCCGAUGCAAAUUCCAUGACUGCAGAGAUGAUAGCUCAAUGACCUAUACAAUUUUCCAGCCCUUAUGGUUUUUUUUUGCUGAUUAACUUCAGUGGGUUUAUUCACAUAGUAGUAAUGUAAAUGGUAUAGAGAGGAGCAAAAGUAUAUUAUAUUCAUUAGAGUAAUCUUAGUUUUUUUUUUCCUUACACAAGCGAUUUGUAAGCUGGUUUACUGAAAAUUGUUAAGAAUUAAGCACAAGUUUUCUAUAAGAAUUAAGUCCAAA